GGAGCAAGGCCUCCUCCCUGGGGCCUUGGGGCGGGUUCCAGCGCUGGAGCUGCUUAGAAACCAGAUUCGGGAUGUGAGGACGCCCCACUGGCCCGCGAGGUCCUAACCGUCCUCUCCUGCGGUCCCGGGGCGCCCUGGGCGGGGGCCCGUUUCUCCCCGCACCCUCCCUUCCGUGGGGGCCGUACCACACGCAGCCCGUUGCUCCUGCCCCAGCCCCAGCCCGGAUCCAGCCCCCAGGCCGGGCUGGACCAGCAGCCGGGAGGGGCUUCAGCUGGCGGCCCGGACCCGGGGGCGGCCCGAGGCGCCGGGGCGGUGCUGCACUGGCCGGGACGCGGGCCACGGAGGCCUCGGGCGGAGGAGGCCGGAAAGGAGGCCAGGCGGCGGGAAAGGGGGAUGAUUCAUCCGGAGGAGCCCGAGUUGGAAACGCUGCAACCUGGGAACAGCCUUGUCCGGGCCGAGGGGAGCGCCAGGAGGGAGUCCCGGACCAGGCGGAGUGCGGCCCCGCAGCCCCGGCCUCCUGCCCGCCGCAGCCUGGCUGCUGGGGGCGGGGCGGCCUCUUCUGCGCGGAAUUGAAAGGAAUCCUGGGCCACGUCUGCGCUGGUCGAGGUCAGAGCGGGCUCCCGAGUCUUGCUCAAGUCUCUCCUGCUGCAGCUCCAUGGAGGAGGGGGCGGGCGGGAGGCUGGAGUCAGCGACACCCCCUCCUUCCUACGCUGCGAGCGCCCAGACGACGGCGAGAUGACGGCCGGGAGCCCCGGAGACCGCGGGGAGGUGCGGAGGAGUCCCGAGGGCCGCGUGUCGCGCCUGGGCCGCCGCCUGGGCCGCCGCCGGCGCCCGCGCUCCCCUCCCGAACCUCUGCGGGUGCGGGCGCGGCUGCGGCUGCGCUCGCCGUCGGGGGCGUUCGCGGCGCUGGGGGCGCUCGUGGUCCUGGUGGGCAUGGGCAUCGCAGUGGCCGGCUACUGGCCGCACCGCGCCGGGGCCCCGGGGCCGCGAGCUGCCAACGCCAGUGCGCCCCCCGUGAGCGAGCUGCGACGCGAGGGUCGCGGUGCCGGCCGGGCGCACGGCCCACACGAGCGGAUGCGGCUCCUCGGGCCGGUGGUCAUGGGCGUUGGCCUGUUCGUGUUCAUCUGCGCCAACACCCUGCUCUACGAGAACCGCGACUUGGAGACCAAACGGCUUCGCCAGGGGGUGCUGCGGGCUCAGGCGCUCCGGCCCCCCGACGGCCCCGGCUGGGACUGCGCCCUCCUGCCCGGCCCCGGCCCCGGCCCCAGGACUCCCGGAGCCAUCGGCUGUGUGGAACCAGAGAGUUGGGACCUGUCCCCGCGCCGGGGCACCUCCCCGGUCCCCUCCGUGCGGAGUCUGCGUUCAGAACCUGCUAAUCCUCGCUUGGGGUUGCCUGCCCUGCUCAGCAGUUACCCGCUGAAGGGCCCGGGGCUGCCCCCACCUUGGGGUCCACGGACCCAGACUGGCCAUGUGAUUAUCACCGUGCAGCCCUCGGGUUCCGGCAUCGAACACUCCAAGUCUCUGGAUCUGGGCCUCGGAGAGCUCCUGCUUGGGGCCCCGGCAGCUCGGGACUGUGCUCACCGAAGCUGGCCCCGGCUGGACCGCCUCAGCCUGGAGGGUUAUACCAAGUUGGGAGGAGGAGGGGACUUCGGGGCUCCGGUUUGAGGAGCCGGGGCAGCCUGCUACGAGGCUGCAGCAUGGCCCAUCGUCAUAGGACCAGGGGUCCCAACGUCUAGUAGAUGCUUGUCACAUCCCAGACUGGGGAAUGGAUGCUUUGGCCCAGCAGCUGCUAAGGCAUCCUGACUUGCAUGUCGGCAGAGAAAUGCCAACUGCACAGGGUUCAAUAAGCUGGAAAGUGUUUUCAUGUGAACUCUGGAGACCAGCAUGACUCGGCCUCAGGAAUUCCUUUAGCCUCCGAAGUGGCCUUAGCCCUGAACAGGUACCUGAGGAGGCUGGAAGGCCAGGCCAGGGUGAUUGGGAGAUGCACCUGGUGUCUUGGCAAACCCCAAUGGUGGGCAAGAACCCCUAAGACUUGGAAGGUAGGUUGAGAUGUUACAGGUUGGGACAGACUCCCUCCAAGGUGGCACUGGUGAUGGGGUUUGGGCCUCCAGGAAGAUGGGCAAUGGGGUACAGUUGUGACCCUUCACUGCCAUCUGGGAUGGGGACUGAGCCUUUAACUCUCACCACCUCAAUCCCUUUCUUCCCUCAGCCAUGCAGGGUAUAUCCUCCUAGGGCUACAGACUGCCAAUGCCUCCUGCUGAGGGCCUGGCCCCUCCCAAGCAGGUCUGGGAGCCCCCUUCUCUCCUUGUCCUGGUCUAUGCUGCAAAAUCUCCCUUCUGUUGGCCAAAGGCAUUUGCCAAUUCUCAGAGACCUUUUUAUACGAUAUUGAAGCUGCGUUUUGGCCAAUGUGGGUAACUUUCUUUUUAGCAAGAGGGGAAGAUUAACUUUAAAAGUUGAUCAAUCCUCACAGAUUCAGUCUUUUUUUUUUUUUUGAAGUUUAUUGAAAAAUGCAGUACAAGAAGCAAGACCAAACACUUGUCUAAACACUACAGCCACUUCUCUUACUACAAAAGGCCAAAACAGCAGACUUAAUUAUUGCCUAUUUAACCUAAGGAUUUUGCCAAUUUGAUUCUGCUGCCAUAGUUCCUAUUGUGUCAAAUGUAAACAACUACUUGAUAUGAUUCAUAAUUUUUUAAAAUUUUACAAAGCUCCUUCAUUUUUGUCACCAAAAUAAUACAUUUGAGAGAGAUUUGUAAAACCACCAGCCUGGGGCUGAGAUCCUGGCAGACAGUUCCCAUGAGCAUUCCUGGGGGUCGGUAAGGCCACAGCCGUGGCUCCAGUCGCUGAGAUGACUGCUGUCCCCUCACCCUCCGCUGCCCUGCUGCACAAACGGGGGUGGGGGGUGGGGAGGUCUGGGAAAGGCGUUGAAGACGCCCUGACAGCCAGGCUCUGUGGGCCCUCCGCUUAUAAAUGCAGGUCCGGCGUGGUGGGUGGGUGGGUGGCAGAGACCUCGGGUGGCUUGGAGGAAGUCUUUAUUUCUCAAGUGAAAUAAAAAUAAAAUUGCAGCAAGA